CAAAGCUGCCUGAUUUUUCAGAUUUUUAGCUUGAAAAUUGACCACAGAAAAAAUCUUUUUUUUAGUACAUCGGCUUGAACAUUUUAAGAAAAAAAUUUUUGCAUCUCAUUACAAUGACAUCGUAUUGAAAUAUCCUCAAUAAUUUUGUUUUUCUUGUGGAGAUAUGAAAACUGAUGCCAGUAGCCUAUUAUCAAAUCCUGAUAGAAGUGACAGUAAUUUGAACCAAUAUAUAACUUCCACUACUAAUAUGAACACUGGAGGACAACGUUUUACAUGUAUCAUUUGCAAGAAAUCAUUGUCAAACAAAUAUUGUUUAGGUAUUCAUAUGAGACUACACACUGGGGAAAAACCUUUUGCAUGUGAAAUUUGCACCAAACCGUUUUCAACGAAAGCAUUCCUAAAACAGCAUAUGAGAGUGCAUACUGGUGAAAGACCAUUUGAAUGUGAAAUUUGCACCAGACAAUAUACAAGAAAGCAACAUUUAAAAUUACAUAUGACAGUGCAUACUGGUGAAAAACCAUUUGAAUGUGAAAUCUGCACCAAACCAUUUUUAGUUAAGAGUAAAUUCGAAAGACAUAUGUUACUGCAUACCGAUGAAAAACCAUUUGAAUGCGAAAUUUGCACCAAACAAUUUUCAAUGAUGGAUUAUUUAAAAAGACAUAUGACAGUGCAUGCUGAUGAGAAACCAUUUGAAUGUAAUAUUUGUACUAAGAAGUUGACAACAAAGCAAAAUUUACAAUCACAUAUGAGAGUGCAUACUGGUGAAAAACAAUUCGAAUGUGAAAUUUGUACCAAACAGUUUACAACAAAGCAAAAUUUACAAUCUCAUAUGAUGGUGCAUACUGAUGAAAAACCAUUUAAAUGUGAAAUUUGUAGCAAACAGUUUUCAUCUAAACUACUUUUAAAGUCGCAUAUGACAGUGCAUAUUAGUAAAAAACCAUUUGAAUGUGAAAUCUGCACCAAACAGUUUUCAAUUAAAAGUAAACUAAAAACUCAUAAUAUGAUAGUGCAUGCUGAAAAACCAUUUGAAUGCGAGAUUUGCACCAAACAAUUUUCAACAAAGACUAACUUAAAAAGGCAUACAACAGUGCAUUUUGAUGAAAAACCAUUUGAAUGUGAAAUUUGCACCAAAAAAUUUUCAACAACUGGUAAUUUAAAAUCGCAUAUGAAAGUACACACUAAGAAAAACAAUUUGAAUGUGUAAUCUGCACCAAAGAGUUCUUAACCCAUUAGCGGCCACGGAUACCAUAUUAUGGUAUCAAAAUCCCUCUCAAUAUUAUUGAUGCUCCACUUUCCACUUGAAUUGUUUUAGAGGGAGUUCGAAUAUUUUCAGUUUCAUUCUAUCUCAUUUGUAAGCCGACUGCUGUAUGUUUUAUUGGUGUGCAUUUUUUUCCUGAACAGUUUUUAUUUUCAGUCGAAAUUAUGGAUGUUUGAUAGGCGCAAGUAUAUUUUCGUAAUAGUAUUGCGUAUUUUAGUAAAAGUUUGAUAUAAGCGCUAAUGUAAAUAGAUCAAAUAUUUGUUUUAAGCAUAAAUAUUUUGAAUCAGUUUUAAUUUGUUUUUGAUAUGUAGCCCUUAGUUAGCGUGAUACCAUAUGGUAUCCAUGGGCGUUUAGGAGAAAUUGUUAAAUUGUUUGGAAAAGCGUCAACACCAUUGAUUCUUAUGUUACAAGAACUAAAAAAACCGAAUUUACCAUGUUUUACAUACAGAUAACUUGUUUACCGGCCUAAACUUGUUUUUCUACCUUCGUAAUCUAGGAUAUGGAGCAGUAGGCACGAUACGAGAAAAUAGUAUACCUACCUCGAUCAUGUACUUUGACUAGCAAAAAUAUGUUUAAAAAAGAGAACCGAGGGAAGUACAGUAGAACCCCGAUUAUCCGUGCUCUUCGGGACCGGACGUUGGUACGGAUAAUUGAAAUGCACGGAUAAUCCAAACAUGUAUUUCUCAUAUAUAAUACAUAUGUAUGUAUAUACAUACAUAUGUACCUACCAUAAAAAGGUAACAGAAAGAAUAAAUCUUUCAUUAUGAGUCUUCUUCUCGGCGUAUAGGGUUUAAGUCGAGUGAUUUACGGUGACGCUAUUUUGAUAAAACCUCAAAAAUGCAGUUUGAGUAAUAGAAAAUUAUAGCACGGAUAAUCGGGGUUCUACUGUAUAAACAAGUGAUUGAAAAAAAUAAUAGUAUUCUACAAGUUCGUUGGACGCCAACUCAGUACUGACAAUUUGUUCUACAAAUGCUGGUGUCCAACCAUUACGACAGGUUCGAAAGUGUUCUCUUCUCAUAAAGAAAAAAGAAACAUGUUGCUGCCUCCUGCCUCGUCCUCAGUGAAUUGAAGCCUAUUAACCCCGGCGCAUAUUGAACCUAAGCGAGUCACAACCUGCGCCGGCGGGACGGAUGACCUGUGCAGUUAUUUUUCUAGCGCAACGCAUAUUGAUCACAACAAGACCCAACCGUUGGCUGUCUCUGCAACGAAUAGAGGGACGGGCAAAAUCAGUGCGGACGUGUAACGGUUACUUUUGAUAACGGGUCUCAGUGGUAGAUACUGAGUACAAAUACUGAUUACAAAAUACUGAUGUAUCUGUAUCUGAUGUGUUUCACAGAUUAUAACAAGGCCUUUGAUAAAGUGCGGCAUGAUCAUCUAAUCAGACUCUUGGCAGAAAGGAAUUUAGAUAAACGAGAUAUCCGACUAAUAGCAAAUAUGUACUAUAAUCAGAAAGCAGUAGUGAGAGUAGAGAAUAAUACCACUGAAGAAAUUGAAAUAAAGCGAGGUGUGGGACAAGGGUGUAUACUGUCACCAACCCUGUUUAAUCUCUAUUCCGAAGACGUAAUGAAUAGAACACUCUCUGAGCAAUCCAUAGGUAUUAAAAUAAAUGGUGUUAGAUUAAACAAUCUGAGAUUUGCCGACGAUACCGUUCUGAUCGCAGAAACACUUGAAGAGCUACAAACAUUGGUGAAUAAGAUAGCAGCGAAGAAUAUGGACUAUCUUUGAACAUAAAGAAAACUAAAUUUAUGGUAAUAUCGAAAUCAACACGAAAUGUCCAAAAUUUAUAUUUACACAAUGAAAUUAUCGAUCAAGUUAGCAAAUACAAAUAUUUAGGCACUUUUAUAUAUGAAGACAACGAUAGCUCAGCAGAAAUCAAAAUAAGAAUAGAAAAAGCCAGAUCCAUAUUCACUAAAAUGAAGAGAGUGUCUGUGGAAGAGAUUUGAGCCUUGAAAUGAAACUUCGCCUGAUGAGAUGUUACGUACUUUCUGUGCUGUUCUACCAAAAAAUUAGAGGCAUUUGAACUGUGGAUGUAUCGCAGAAUCUUGAGAAUAUCAUGGACGGAGAGAGUCACAAACGUCGAGGUCUUGAGAAGAAUGAAUAAAGAAAAGGAAGCUUUGAGGUGAAGUUUAAGAAAAAUUCUAAUCCUAAAAUCCUAAUAACUAGGACUGUGGACAAUAGAUUUCUACUUCCUCUUGUAAUUUGCAUCUCAUUUUUGACUUUAAGUACCUUUUAAAAGCCUACGUUUUCUCAACAAUUAACAAAUUUGCUUUUAUGUACGUCAGUGUCCCGAAAGGUGCGAACUUUGCUAAAAACUAAUUAUUUUAUCAGCCGAUGCCGAUACUAUUAUUAUAAACAACACUGAUUGUGAUUUGAUUAUAGUUACAAAAACUGCUUACCUAUUACAUAUAUUUAUAUCUCGUCUACAUAUUUUGUUUUUAAGCAUGAACAAGCCCCGUAUGAUGACACAUUUUAUUUGAGGAUAUGCGAUAUUCACAGAUGUGCUUAACUGUUUUUAGUAAAUGAAUCAUUUUUAAUGAUAAUGUUGUGUAGAUUUAAGAAAUGAAUGAUAUUUACAAAAUUUUUAUACCUACAGAAAAGGGAUUACUCCAUCAUUUGUUACAUUGUAUUUCUAGGCCUGGAUCCCGCGUACCAACAAAAAGUUGAUUAAUAGCAAGCUGAAAAUUUGUUAAUAGCUUAACGGUGUCUCGUCAGACAAACUUUGAUGUACGGGAACACUGAAACAGGGGAAGUUUUAAUUGUGGAACAGGUUAAAAAUUUGCAACGUCAUACUACGAAAACGUCCCAUGUAUUUUGUCGGACAGAACUUCCAAUUGAUUUGUUACCCUUUCAAUAAACUCUCAUGCAAAAAUCAGACUGGUAAUUCCGAACGAGCUCUAUUAGCUUUUCUACGUCCAUCUCGAAAACAAAACCACAACUGAGAAUUGAGUCACGCGUCCCACGACACCAGAAAAUUGUGUUUCGAUGACAAACGUUCGCAUGCUAGACCUGGCACUGUAUUCACUGAUAUUAGGAUGCGCAGAACUCUCUACGCAACUCGACGGUGCCAGGUUGUGUCUCGCUUAGGAUCAAUUUGCGCCGGGGCUUAGACACGUAUCCAGGAAAUAUGCUUGAGGGGGUCCAAACACAACUCAAAUUUUUUGUUAGAUUAGACGGUAAGGUAUUGAAAAGAAAUAUUCAGAAUAAAUUUUAGAUCCAUAUGAAAAAUUUGAAAAAAAAAAACUAUUUUAACCCUAGAAUACUAAUACAGUAGAACGUCGAUAAUCCGGACGUCAAAAAUCCGGACCGUCAAUAAUCCGGAUUUGUAUCUAGCAAAAAUAUCUGAUUCUUUUAAAAUAAAUUAAGAACUUCGCUGCGAAAAACGAACCUCUACCGCAGUUCAAAAAUAUUUUACACAUAUUUUUAAAAGCCCAAAUAGUGUCUGAUGUUUUUACUGUACACAUGGUGCUAUUAUAAAUUAAUUACAAUACAGUGUUUAAACAUAAAAAAAUGUUUUGAUUAAUUUCCCCUCUAGACACUUUACUGUACAAGAGAACACAUAAAAUUUUAAAACGUUUGUUGUACUUUAAUUUGUAUACUGGCCUUUUUUUGAGGUAAUUUCGAUAAUCCGGUUAAUUUGAUAAUCCGGAUGGGUCCGGUCCCAAUUAAUCCGGAUUAUUGACGUUCUACUGUACACUCAUAAAAUAUACGACACCGAAUUUUUUUUUUGCGAAAUUUCUCAGCAACGCAAAAUCCCAAGAACUUGGGUUCCACAGUUCUUUAGCAGGUAAACGUUGGUGUAUAAACGUCAGUUAAAUUUUGUGCGGAAUUGUGUGAAUUAGGUAUCCUGUCGUAAAUAUUACGACGCUUUAGUGUUAACGAUGUAACAUAGCCGUCUAUGUAAGGGCAUAAAGAUUGCUAUUCUUUGCGAUUCAUUCUCCAAAUACAUGAUUGAUGCCAGUCCCUAUCUUAGCAAAAACUUCGAUACAGGAAGAUUACCUCUUACAAAUUUUUAUAUGAAGGAAUUGACAAAAUCGGUCCAUGGUAGCAACCGUAACAUUACCAUGGAUACUGUGUGUUUUUAAGGAAUGAUAAACAUAAGUACUAUUAAUCGUAUGUGAUAUACUGCCAUAAUUCGCACAAAACAAAUAGGAAGCCAGUUUUCCACUCUCAGUUUAUGUUUGAUUUGGGCAAAAGCCUUGCUGAGUCCUAGAUGCGCAAAAGAUUAAAUAUAUCAAAUUUACGGUGCAAUAUUCGACAGGACAUAAACGAAAUUCUAACUAUACAAUCAGUUUCUCAAUCGAAUAAUCCUAUCGAAAGAAAACGGACAGUAUGCUACUUAUGCCGUAGCCGUCUAAGAAGAAUGACGACAAACUUUUGUGUACAGUGUAAACGAGCAAUGUGCGGACAAAUAUUUUUAAAUUCAAAAUAUUUUUAACAUGUAAAACUUACAUUAAAAAAAAAAUUUAAAUUACUUUUACUAAGUGUAAGAUAGAAUGUACGGAGUGACGGAGUCGGAACGUAGAACGGAAUCCUAUAUUUUGUUAGUAGUCACUAACAUCAUUACGGACGAUAAAAUGAUAUUAAAACUACAAUGUAAAAAAAUAGAUAUUAAAACUAGGGUAAGAUAUAACAUCUACAUAUAUGACGACAAUCUCACUCUAGUAAGUUGUUUUUAAUACCUAAUUUCACCAUUGUAUCUUUAAUAUCGUUUUAGCGUCCCUGACGAUGUUAGUGACUACUACCGAAAUAUAGGAUUCCAUAGAAAAGAUUACACCUGGUCUUCUAUAAAAAGUAAAAGGUAACAGAUUUGAAAUGCUGAUAGAAUACUUCCGUUUUUGGUAAAUCUGAUGUUUAAAUUGGAUAUAAGUUGAUCCGUACACUGAAUAAAAACAGAAAUAAUCCGAGUAAAAAAUAAUAAUAAUUUUGUUCACUUUUUCAAAAAAAUCAUACCUAAUAGCCUGGGGAUAAGCUUGCUGCUUUGGUACUAAAGCCGAGACAGUUUUGGGAGGGGUCCGGACCCCAUGGACCCCUCCCUUGGCCACGUACCUGUAGCCUAUAAUAAUAAUAUGGGAGAACUGAUCUUAUGGACCAGGGAGUAGCUGCUUACCGAAUUAUAGAUGUCUUAUUGACGUAGCUAUGCAGAACGCAUGGUACUUAUCCAGAAAAAAAGUAAAAAAAAAAGUCAUAAUGCAUCAAAUCUAAAUUUUAGAGGGGAAAU